CGGGAAGUGUCAAGCGGCAGCCGGGUUCCCCCGUCUUCGCCGCCACCUCUGCACCCGGACCCCAGACCGAGGCCCGGGCCCAGCCGCCAUGACGAACGUGUAUUCCUUGGAUGGGAUUUUGGUGUUCGGGCUCCUCUUUGUUUGCUUCUGUGCCUUUUUCAAGAAAGUACCUCGGCUUAAAACCUGGCUGCUAUCAGAGAAGAAAGGAGUUUGGGGUGUGUUUUACAAAGCUGCUGUGAUUGGAACCAGGCUGCAUGCUGCCGUGGCGAUUGCCUGUGUUGUAAUGGCCUUUUACGUGCUGUUUAUAAAAUGAAUUCCAAAGCAUCCGACUCAUCGACUGCCAACCGAGGAGAUGGGGAGAACAACCUGUCGGGCACCUGGACCCAGCAGAGGAGAGUUCAGCUAAAAUCAUCAAAGUCCCCAGGAUGA